UCUUAUAAGCCUUACUGCACACCCCGAGUUACACAGAGUAGGAGUGCCCACUGCACAGCGAGCAAGCAAUAUGCCUUCUUACAAGCUGAUCUACACGGACAAUAAAGGGCGGGCUGAAGUGUGUCGUCUGUUGUUUGCCUUGGCUGGACAGGAGUAUGAAGAUGUCAGAUGGACAAGGGAGACCUUCCAGGCCAAAAAGGACAAUCUUCCAUUCGGACAGAUCCCGGUGCUUGAGGUGAACGGCAAACAGUAUGCACAGAGUAUGGUCAUUGCGGGUUUCCUAGCGAAGGAGUUCGGAUUCCACGGGAGGUCCAACAUUGAGCAGAUGGAGGUCGACCAAGUGAUCGGCAUCAUCAACGACAUCUUCAGUGUCCUCAUCAAACAAUAUUUCGAGAAGGAUGAAGAAAAGAAAGCUGUCAUAACAAAGGAAAACAACAAGAGAACUUUUCCAAAAUUCGUCGGUUUCUUUGAGAAGAUUUUAAGGAGCAACGGUAACGGAUUUUAUGUCGGGGACAAGCUUGGGUAUGCAGAUCUCGCCGCCUUUGACACCCUUUCCAAAAUGGAAGGAAUCAAUUUGGAUGUUUUUCCCUUGGUAAAAGCAAAUAAGGAGAAAGUGGAGUCCAAUGAGAGAAUUGCAAAAUGGCUACGAGAGCGACCGGUCUCCGAAUUUUGAACAUGCCAAAAUGGCAGUCAGAUAUGCCCAAAAUGAAACAAAAGCCAACCAUGUUCGCCAAGAGAAAAGGCAUUGCUACAUAACCGAGUUUGUAAAUUGUUUGACAGCUGAAGAUCGAAAUAGUACAACACUUCCGAUUCGGGAAUCUAUAGCACUUCAGGUGUUCCACUAUGGCCAGCGGAUUGGGGUUUAUAUACUACCCAUCAGAAGUUUAGACUCACUUAAAGCACUC